AGCCCAGCAAAGCAGACAAUCAAGUCCAGUGUGCGCAACCACUAACAUCAGCAAAAGAACAGAAUAAAGACAUCUGCGUCAACCGAGAUCAAACCAUGUCUUACCAGGGCAAAAAGAAUAUCCCAAAGAUCACUAGUGAGAGGCUCCUGAUUAAAGGCGGUCGGAUUGUGAACGAUGACCAGUCCUUCUAUGCAGACAUCUAUAUGGAGGAUGGAGUUAUCAAGCAACUUGGAGACAACCUGAUAGUCCCAGGAGGGGUGAAGACCGUUGAGGCCGAUGGGAAGAUGGUGAUUCCUGGAGGAAUUGACAUCCACACCCACCUACAGAUGCCCUUCAGGGGAACAACCACUGUGGAUGAUUUCUCCCAGGGCACCAAGGCUGCUCUUGCUGGAGGAACCACCAUGAUCGUGGAUCAUGUGAUCCCGGAGCCGGGCUCUAGUCUGGUGGAGGCGUUCGAUCGCUGGCGCGAGUGGGCGGAUGAGAAAGCAUGCUGCGAUUACUCUCUGCAUGUGGACAUCACCCACUGGAACGACAGCAUCAAACAAGAGGUCCUGAGUCUCAUUAAGGAAAAAGGAGUGAAUUCUUUCCAGGUCUAUAUGGCUUAUAAAGACCUCUAUCAGAUGAGCAACAGCGAGCUUUAUGAGAUCUUCACCUUCCUUGGAGAGCAUGGAGGAAUCGCACAGGUCCACGCUGAAAAUGGAGAAAUAAUUGCUGAGGAGCAGAACCGUAUGCUAGAGAUGGGCAUCACCGGACCCGAGGGACACGUUCUCAGCCGUCCAGAGGAGCUGGAGGCUGAAGCCGUGUUUCGAGCCGUCACUAUUGCCAGUCAAACCAACUGUCCACUCUAUGUGACCCGCGUGAUGAGCAAGAGUGCUGCUGACAUCAUCUCGCAGGCCAGGAAAAAAGGUAAUGUGGUGUUUGGCGAGCCGAUCACGGCCAGUUUGGGAACCGAUGGGACUCAUUAUUGGAGCAAGAACUGGGCAAAGGCGGCGUCCUUUGUGACCUCACCACCCCUCAGUCCUGACCCAACCACUCCAGACUACCUAAACACCCUGUUGGCCAGUGGUGAUCUGUCAGUGGUGGGCAGCGCUCACUGCACAUUCUCUGUGGCUCAGAAGGCCAUUGGGAAAGACGACUUCACUCAGAUUCCUGAAGGAGUGAACGGAGCGGAGGAGAGGAUGUCCAUCAUCUGGGACAAGGCUGUGGUCACUGGUAAAAUGGAUGAGAACAUGUUUGUCGCUGUGACAAGCACCAAUGCUGCCAAGAUCCUCAACCUUUAUCCACGCAAGGGUCGGAUAGCUGUGGGAUCAGACAGCGACCUGGUUAUCUGGGACACAGACGCCGUCCGGACCAUCACUGCAAAAACUCAUCAUUCUGCAGCGGAGUAUAAUGUGUUCGAGGGCAUGGAGCUGAGAGGUGCUCCCAUGCUGGUCGUCUGCCAGGGGAAGAUUGUUCUGGAGGAUGGGAACCUGCACGCGACCGCUGGCACUGGACGUUUCAUUCCCUGCUCCCCGUAUCCGGACUUCACUUACAAACGUGUCAAAGCCAGGAAACAGCUGGCCAUUCUGAAGGCUGUCCCCAGAGGCAUGUAUGACGGCCCCGUGUCUGAAUUUUUACCCAUGUCGAGGGGUGGCACGCCAUCUGCCUCCGCCCGUACCUCACCCACCAAAGCCCCUGUGAGGAACCUCCACCAGUCUGGCUUCACACUGUCAGGUCCCGAGGAAGCCCCCAUCAGACCAGCUGGAAGACGCAUCGUUGUGCCUCCUGGUGGCCGCUCCAAUAUCACCUCCCUCAGUUAAAUAUAACGAGCAUGUAAGAGAGAGGCCAGGAUCAAAUCAGCCGUGUAGAAGUAAGGUGAUUAGUCAGGAAAUGAAACAAAAGAAACGUAAAACACUGAACUCAUGCCUUACCCUCCAUGAUUUCCUCCUGCUGAGUGACUGAAGAUCAGUAGUCCACCUCUGAGAAAGCAAAGCAUUUAGUGUAGCGUUACAUUCAUUUGUGUGUUUAGAUAAACUGAAUUAGAAGACAUUAGAAUUACCGUAAAAACAACUUUCGUUCGGAUGGUCUGAAAGGAAAUUUUCCAGGCGUUUGCGUUCGGUAGAGGAAGGACUACGGUCGUGUGUUUCAUAGGGCUUCGUCUGUAUUCCCUCAUAAGCUUUAUUUGCGUACAUCAGCUGUGAUUAUGCUAGUUAACGUUACUUUGUAAAUGAAGUUAAAGUGUUGAGCAGUUUUGUUUUUUUUGAAGUAUAAUAAAGUUGAAUGUUAAGGAAAACCAUGCAAGGAUAUACAGAAUAUUACAGGACAUUUACAUACAUUCACAUACUGUACUGCUUUCAUUAUCCGUCUCACUGAAGAUACGAAAAACAUUAUGCAUCCGUCGUGUGAAGGAAUAGUUGAACUUCAGUCAAACACGUUGAAAAAGGACAAAUAAACAAUUUCUUGCCAAAAUUAAUGAUGAAAACAAAGCCUGCAGGAGAAAGAUACUCACCUUUUACAUUUCAGUUCAAGCUCAGAUUAUUGAAGGAUGAUUAAAAGGUGCUACGAUGUCUUUUCUUAAAUCACGCAAAGUAUAAGUUUUUGAUAUCUGAAUCUUUCAUGUGACUUCGGUAGGAAAGCCCUCAGUUAAUGGAAAAAGAGUGUAUGUUAGAUGCCCCAAAUAACAACGACUAAAGUGAUAUACCGAAUGAUGUGGAAUAGGUUGUUUAUUAUAUUUAUGUAGGUUUGAUUGUAUUACCUUUCUUUUUUUUAACAUCUGAGUCAAAAAAGCAGGUGAAGAUGAACAUGUGAUGUGCAAAUUUGCUCCUCAAUAAACAGAAGUUGCAACUGA